AUGCGCAUCACCAGCGUCUACGUGGCUAUUGUUGCGGCAUCUCUUCACGCGAGUGGAUCUGCCGUAUCCACGACCACGAACGUCGGCGCGAGCGCUUUCGAGAACAAGACACCCGCAGCAAUUGCUCCGUCCCUUCGUACGAGUGAAGGCCGAAGUCUACGAACCGACGAGAAACGCGGUCAGAGCGAUCUGGGAGAGGAAAGGGGGUACAGGGAGCUACCGACUAAGAAUAGUUUUGGUACAUCCCUAAAACUCUUCUUUCGCGCCCUGCUUUGCAUAGGAUCGGGCGAAAGUACAAAAAUAAAAAGAACCAAGUAG